AUGCCAGGAGAGGGACACUGGGGCAGAAGCGCCAAAUGGCAGACACGGCUGCUUCGAUGGACUGUGCUGGGCAUCGGCUGGACCCUGUAUCUCUUCUGUCGCGGCUGUGUGAUUGGACAGAUGAAAUACGAUCCCGCACGGGGGCAGAUGAUCAUUCGGGCGCGCGGACUCUUAGCCAAACGCAUUGCACUGCUCAUUAAGCUGGCUGUACUCUUGUCAGACUACUUUGGCGCUUUCUAUAUAUUGGGGGCCAUUUUACCACUUCUGCCGGAGAUCGACGAUCACAAGCGGAACGGCAGGCGGAUAUUCGAGAGCCUGGUGACUUUGGUGGGCAUGGUGCUGGCCUACUGGAACAUCGGGCUUCUGCUCUACUGGCUGAGCAGCCUCCGCUACAAUCGAUCCAUUGUCCGGGUGGUCAAUGAGGUCAUCCGGCUGCACGCCCUCAUUGACCGCUGCUUCGGGCCACUCCUCGUGGCUGAGCUGCACAUUCUGGUCGUGUUCGUGGCCGAGCUGCACAUGACUGUCCUGCACCUCUUCAACUGCCUUCGUAUCGAAAUGUUUCUGUUCCUGUACAAUAUCGUUCUGCUGGAGGUCUUCUUCUGUGCCUACAUGGCCUACCAGAUGCUCCUGCUCUCCUGGCUCUCCAGCUUCAGUCUCUUCCUGCAUCGCUAUCGACUGCAGGGAACAUCCGCUCGCGGGCAGCGCACCAAGCUCCUGCGCCUGUUCCGCCUGUACGCGCGGGUAAGCAAUGGACACCAGGCGAUUAUGCAACUGUGGCUUCCGGUGGCCAGUAUGCUCUUUUCCAGCAUCGUUAUUAUGGUCGUCGAUUGUGCCACCAUCGUCAACUGCAUUCUGUUCAAGCACAACCUGGACAUGAGGCAGAAAUGGGAUGAGAUCUUCAGUCAUCUGGGUGCCUGUCUCUCUCCACUGCUGCGAAUGCUUCUCCUGGGCCUGUGCAACGACUCUCUGACUCGGCUGGAGAACCUGCUGAGUCUCCAGCUGCUGGGCACCGAUUUGGGACAUCACCAACUCGAAGGCGACUACAGGAAGGACUCUGAGCAGGAAGGCUUUGUCAGGCAUUUGAGGAAUCUGCAAAUCUGUUUCGAUCUGCAGACGCGUGCCCAGCCCAUUAGAAACCACAUCAUGAGCGUGAAUCAGAUAUGCGGCUGUCCUUUCUUCCUGGAUUUCUUCUUUUGUACCCUAAUCAACUCCUUCAGCUGUGUGCAGUAUGUCUUGAGUUUGGGCCCACAGUCGGAGAACUUCCAGGGUUUCUUUUCGUCGUAA